AUGGCGGCCGCCAGCGGCUACACGGACCUGCGUGAGAAGCUCAAGUCCAUGACGUCCCGGGACAACUACAAGGCAGGCAGCCGGGAGGCCGCCGCCGCUGCAGCCGCUGCUGUGGCCGCCGCCGCGGCUGCCGCGGCCGCCGCCGAGCCUUACCCGGUGUCCGGGACCACCAAACGGAAGUACCAGGAGGACUCAGACCCCGAACGCAGUGACUACGAGGAGCAUCAGUUGCAGAAGGAGGAGGAGGCGCGCAAGGUGAAGAGCGGCAUCCGGCAGAUACGUCUCUUCAGCCAGGAUGAGUGCUCCAAGAUCGAGGCCCGCAUCGACGAGGUGGUGUCCCGCGCUGAGAAGGGCCUGUACAACGAGCACACUGUGGAUCGGGCCCCCCUGCGCAACAAGUACUUCUUCGGCGAGGGCUACACGUACGGUGCCCAGCUGCAAAAGCGCGGGCCAGGCCAGGAGCGCCUCUACCCGCCAGGCGACGUCGAUGAGAUCCCGGAAUGGGUGCAUCAGCUGGUGAUCCAGAAGCUGGUGGAGCACCGCGUCAUCCCCGAGGGCUUCGUCAACAGCGCAGUCAUCAACGACUACCAGCCUGGCGGCUGCAUCGUAUCUCACGUAGACCCCAUCCACAUCUUCGAGCGCCCGAUCGUGUCCGUGUCUUUCUUUAGCGACUCGGCACUUUGCUUCGGUUGCAAGUUCCAGUUCAAGCCCAUCCGGGUGUCGGAACCUGUGCUUUCCCUGCCGGUGCGCAGGGGGAGCGUGACUGUGCUCAGUGGGUAUGCUGCUGAUGAGAUCACUCACUGCAUACGGCCUCAGGACAUCAAAGAACGCCGGGCGGUCAUCAUUCUCAGGAAGACAAGAUUAGAUGCACCACGAUUGGAAACAAAAUCCCUGAGCAGCUCCACAUUGCCACCCAGCUAUGCUUCAGAUCGUCUGUCAGGAAACACCAGAGACCCUGCGCUGAAACCCAAAAGGUCCCACCGCAAGGCAGACCCUGAUGCUGCCCAUAGGCCCCGGAUCCUGGAAAUGGACAAAGAAGAAAACCGGCGGUCUGUGCUUCUGCCCACACACCGGCGGAGAGGGAGUUUUAGCUCUGAGAACUAUUGGCGCAAGUCCUAUGAGUCCUCAGAAGAUUGCCCAGAGGCAGCCAGCAGCCCCACCCGCAAGGUGAAGAUGAGGAGACACUGAGGCCCUGUGCCCUCCUGGAACUCUGGCUAAUCCUGAUGUAGCUACCCCAUCUUCUGUUCCAUUUUGAGUGUUUUUUCUUUGUUAUUUUGGCCCUAUAUAUGUUUUCCUUGCUUUGUUGCCCAUUAAGGCUAAAGAACAGAAUUGGUGAAAGACCUGGGUUCUUAUGUUCUUGGCUUUCCUCCUUGAUGGAUAGCUUCUGUAGGGGAUCGCUCACACCAGAGUAGCCAGUAGAGAUAAUGGGGACAGCUGUCUUCAAGUGGAACUAUGUCAGGCUAAGUUCAUUGAAACACACAAAAUGUUUUGGUUACGAAAUUCUAGUUUGGGCUUUAAAUGUAAACCUAUGUAGUGUUUUAAACAAUGUCUAUUCUUUUGCCAGCCCUUUUCUUCCACUGAUGUUCAUGCUUGAAUGAGGUCUCUUGGAGCCAUGCAGGCCCUGCAUUGGGUCUGCUGCCCUACAUCUCACUUGCUGUCCAGGCUCUGGAAGCUCAUGCAAAUACCCUGUUCCCCACUGUUCAGGUUGGCUGUGUAUGGGGCUUAAACAGUGCCAGCCUCUGCCAUCCCAUUUCU